UCAUAUCUGUGUAGUCUUAUUUAUUUAGCGGCUGCAAUAUAUUCCGUACCUUUUAUUUUUAAAACCACAUUAAUUGCAAUUGACUGUCAACGACAACUGGAUAGACACAGUAUGCUUCAGUUAUAUCUGCUUUGAACAUUAGGAGAGUAGACUUCAAUAACAGGUUUACCGUCCAAAUGAGAUCACAUGGGAUUACCUUUCACAGGUUUCCCAAAAAUAAAGACAUGAAAAAGCAGUGGGAGACAGCUGUGCGAUGGGAAGGGUUUUCUGCUACUCCGUCAUCCAUGCUCUGCAGUGAACACUUCAGAACGGAGGAUUUUGACAGAACAGAUCAGACAGUCAGGAUCAGAGAGGGAGCUGUUCCUUCAGUCUUCAGUUUCCCAGCUCAUCUCCACCGGAUCACCGAGGCCAUGGGAAAACUAAAAGCAUUGCUGCUGCUCUUUAUUUUAGCAUCAAGUUUUCUUGUGAGCAGUACACAAAAAACAGGGUGCAAGGCUAGUUUGGCUGACAUUGUGUUCCUUGUGGAUAGCUCCAGUAACAUUGGUGAUGAAAACUUCCUGAGGGUGAAGAAGUUCCUGCACACAUUCAUAGAGGGUCUUGAUGUUCAGCCUGAUAAAGUCAAAGUAGGAUUGGCACAGUUUAGUGAUGCACCUCAACAGGAGUUCCUGUUGGGAAAGUAUGUAGACAAAGAAGAUCUGCUGGAGAAGGUAGACAAACUCACGUACCUAAGGGGAGGCACUAAAACAGGAAAAGCUCUCAGUUUUAUCCAAAAUAAUUACUUCACAGAAUCAGGUGGCAGUCGGAUCAGUCAGAAUGUGCCUCAGGUUGCUGUGGUGAUCACAGAUGGUGUCUCAGCUAAUGAAACAAAGAGUCCAGCCAUGGCCUUACGGAAAAAGGGGGUGUUAAUCUUCACCAUUGGGGUUGGUGCAGCCAACAUUAUGGCACUGCAGUCCAUUGCUAACAAACCACAUCAGCAUUUUUUAAUGUACUUCACUAACUAUGAGGAGCUGCUGAAAGCAACCACCAGCACAAUAGACCGAGUGUGUAUUUUUGUGGAGACCCAGCAGCAAGCUCUAGAGCCAAAGUUUGCAGACGUGUUGGUGUUGGUGGACAGCUCACUUGAACAAGCCCAGUUCAAAAAAGUGUUACAGUUCCUCAUUCGCCUUGUCACUCAACUUAAAAUGGCAAGCACAUCUAAUCGGAUGGCUUUGGCUCAGUUUCAUGAAAAUGUUUUAGAGGAAUUUCAUUUUGAUGCUUACAAAACUAGAAAUGAUUUAAUUGCACUCAUCCGCAAAUUUCGACUUGGAGGCACCGGGCAACGCAAGCUUGGAGCGGCAAUGGAUUUUGUGCGCACCCACUUCUUCACCAGUUUAACAGGCCGCCGAAUUGCUCAGGGCUACAAGCAAUACCUGCUGGUAAUAAGCAAAGGAGAAUCAGAUGACAAUAUACAUAGAGCAAUUCGUUCAUUAAAGGAUGAGGACGUGACUCUUGUCAGUAUUGACUUCAACAAAGAGCAAGAAACUGAUCCACAAAGGCAUAUGAUUGCACCACCAGAAAGAACCAUCUAUGCGGAAACAAAAACUCCUCUAGAAAUAGCACAAAAUGCAGUGACUAUCAUUGAAACUGAGGAAAAGUUUGAAGUAACCGGAGAUUGCAAGGCAGCUCCAGUGGCCGAUAUAGUGUUUAUUGUGGAUGUGUCAGACAGCACCAAUAUUUCAAACUUCAGACUGGUCCGUGACUUUCUCCACCGCAUGAUUAAUGGCCUGGAGAUAAUGCCUAACAGUGUGCGGGUGGGAAUGGUGUUGUACAGUGACACACCCACAGCUGACUUCUACCUGAACACUUUUGAUGACAAAGAAGAAAUCCUGCAGUACAUUAAACUUUUGCCCUUUGGGGGUGGGGAAUGCAAAAUUAGCAAGGCCCUGGAGUUUGCAAAAGAGAAAGUCUUCACCAAGGCGAUGGGCAGCCGGCGUGCUUUAGGAGUGCAGCAGAUUGCUGUGGUCAUAACAGAGGAAGGCUCCUUGGAUGAUGCCGCAUAUCAGGCUGCAGAGCUAAGGCGCAGUGGGGUUCAGGUCUAUGUCUUGGGAAUCACACAAGAUAAAGUGAAACAGCUGAAAGAGAUUGCAUCUUAUCCUUUCAAAAGGUUUGUGUUUAAUGUGGAGAGCAUUCUUAAGCUUAAUACAAUGGAAAAAAUACUGAGGAAGACUCUGUGUAACAAUGUGGUCCGUUCAACGGUUGACAAGUCCAUUAGAUACACGUUAAAGCAAGGAUGUAUCCAGACAGAAGAAGCAGACAUCUAUUUCCUCAUUGACCAUUCGGAGAGCAUUCAUCAAUCAGACUUUAAGGACAUGAAAAAGUUCAUUCUUGAGUUUCUGCUCAUGUUUACUAUUGGACCAACACAGGUCCGGGUGGGUGUGGUGAAAUUUGCAAGUGAACCCACACUAGAGUUUAAAUUGAAUGAGUAUAAUGACAGAGCCUCUCUUGAAAGAGCUGUGGACAGCAUUCUGCAGAUAGGUGGAGGGACAGAGACAGGACGGGCUCUGUCUUUCAUGCCCAAACUUUUUAAGGAGGCUGUAGACACUCGUGGCACAAAGGUUCAAGAGAUUCUCAUUGUCAUUACUGAUGGAAAGUCCCAGGAUGAAGUGAAAGAGCCAGCAGCAGAGCUGAGAGCACAGGGGGUGACCAUCUAUGCCAUUGGAGUCAAAGACGCAAAUGAACAGGAGCUCCUUGAGAUAGCAAAUGACCAAAAGAAGAUGUAUUUUGUCACCAACUACGAUGCACUGAAACCACUCAAGAAUGAAAUUGUUACUGACAUUUGUUCAGAUAAGGCCUGCAAGAACAUGUUGGCAGAUGUUAUCUUUUUGAUUGAUGGUUCAUGGAGCAUUGACCCUGAGGACUUCUCAAAGAUGAAGAAAUUUAUGAAUACCAUAAUUUCCAAGUCUAUAAUUGGCAAGGAUAGUGUACAAGUCGGAGUAGUGCAGUUCAGCUCACACUCAAAAGCUGAAUUUGCCCUCAACACAUUUUCUGACAAACAUCAAAUGCAGCAGGCCAUUAAUAAUACACAGCAGCUGCGCAGUGGCACUAUGACUGGGUCUGCACUCCAAUUUGUGGCAACGUACUUUAAUCCACCAGAAGGGGGUCGUCCCAGCACUCCACAGAUCCUCAUUGUGAUCACGGAUGGUGAAUCUCAGGAUGCUGUUGCUCAGCCUGCAAAACUCCUCAGAGAGAAGGGAAUUACAAUAUACUCUAUAGGAGUACUUAAUGCUAACAGGACACAACUAAGAGAGAUCAGCGGAACUCAGGACAAUGUUUAUAUUGAAAGAGAUUUUGACUCAUUGGACUUCCUCGAUAAAGAUCUCUUGCUUAAGAUCUGCACUUCUGUUGAUGAUUGCCAGAAAUCACAGGUAGCAGAUGUUGUCUUCUUAGUGGAUGAUUCCACCAGCAUUACUUCUGAUGGCUUUAAAAGUAUGAAGUUCUUCAUGAACUCGGUGGUGAAUGCCACACAGGUUGGAAAAGACAGUGUCCGUUUUUGUACUAUUCUUUACUCUGACACACCUGAGACCAAAUUUCCCCUUAAUCAAUACUAUAGUAAACGAGAAGUGCGGGAUGCUAUCAGUCGUCUAAAACAUUACGGUGGAAACACAUACACAUCCAAGGCACUACGUUACUCGCUGGACUACUUUAAUGAAGAUAAUGGUGGGAGAGGUGCAAAAGGUGUCCCACAGAUGCUGUUUGUCAUCACAGAUGGUCAGGCCACAGAUACAUAUGAUUUACCCGAAGCUGCUGAUAAGCUUCACAAAUCUGGAAUUAGUGUUUAUGGCAUUGGAGUGGCCAAUGCAAAAACAAGUGAGCUAGAAACAAUAACCAAAGACAUAACCAAGGUUUACCAGGUUGGUGACUUUGAAGCUUUGAAGGCCCUGCAACAAAACAUUUCCAGUGUGAUCUGCAAUAACACAAAACCAGAGUGUCACAAACAUGCAGCUGAUUUGGUCAUUCUGAUCGAUGGAUCUGAAAGUAUAAAAGAGGUGCCUUGGAAGACCAUGAUAAAUUUUAUGCUUAGUCUCACUGACAAUCUUCGCAUCAGACAAGACCUCUUUCAAGUUGGUGUAGCCCAGUUUAGUACAGACUACAGAAAAGAAUUUUACUUGAAUGAUUAUAAUAAUGAAAUGGAUGUGAAGCAUGCCAUUCAGGCCAUCUCACAAAUGAACGACGGAACACUCAUUGGAAAGGCUCUGAAUCGAGUGCAAGAGUUCUUCCAUCCCAGUAAAGGGAGCCGCAUUCAGGCUGGAAUUUCACAGAACCUGCUGUUGAUCACUGAUGGGGAGUCACAUGAUGAUGUCAGUGAUGCAGCUGAUAAAUUGAGGUCCAAGGGCAUUGAGAUGUUUGUGAUUGGAAUAGGUGACAUAUCAGUCUCACAGCUCAAAUACAUUGCUGGGUCACCUGACAGGGUGUUUUUUGUGAACAAUUUUGACCACCUCAAAUUAAAUAGAACAACACAGCAGGUGAUCGAUAGCAUUUGCACUUCACCCCAGGAACAAAAGGGUUGCACUGUAGACAUUGGUAUUGGAUUUGAUAUCUCCCAUGGUAGUUCACAGUCACUCUUGAGUAGCCAAUAUAAACUGCAAGCCUACCUGCCUGAGAUUAUCAAAUACAUCUCCACUCUGCACAACUUGUGCUGUCUACUCCAGCAGCCUGCUCUGCAAACCAACAUUGGUUUCCAUUUGGUUGCUAAUGAUGGCAAGAUAAUGUAUGACACUAAUUUUGAGCCCUACAAUGAAGCCAUAGUGAAGAAAGUCAUGGGAUAUAAUAAGACUCACAAUCUGGCUUUUAACACCCAGCUCUUGCGCUCUUUUCAGAAAAAGUUUGAAGCCUCCAAAGCUGGUGUAAAAGUAGUCAUCAUUUUCACCGAUGGCCUGGAUGUAUCUGUUGAUAGCCUUUUGGUUGUUUCAGAGAAUCUAAAAAAAAGUGGAGUCCAUGCACUGAUUCCAGUAGCUCUGGAAGGAGUCAAAAACACCAAAGACCUCCAGAAGCUGGAGUAUGGACGAGGAUUUGGUUACAAUGAGCCUCUUAUGAUUGGCAUGCAAAAUGUGGCCAGUGCUCUGCAGAAGCAGAUUGAUGCUGUGGCCUCAAGAGAGUGUUGUCAUGUGAUGUGUAAAUGUACUGGUCAUGAAGGGAUGCGAGGACUGCGAGGACCUCCAGGGACAAAGGGCUCUCCUGGAUGGAAAGGACACCCUGGAUUUCCUGGAGAAGAAGGAGGAAGUGGAGAGAGGGGGCCACCAGGUCUGAAUGGAACCCAAGGACAUCCAGGCUGUCAUGGGAGAAGAGGUCUAAAGGGUAACAGAGGCUACACAGGUGAUCCUGGAAAAGAUGGAGAACAAGGUGUGGAUGGUGUAAAUGGAGAACAGGGUGUAACUGGAUUAGCAGGAUACCCAGGAGAGCCAGGCGAUCCAGGCAGCCAAGGCAAGAAGGGUGUCCAAGGAAUUCCAGGUGACCCAGGGCAAAAAGGAUUGCGAGGAGAUCCGGGUGAUUCAGGCAUUGACAACAGUAUCCCUGGUCCUAAGGGUGACAAUGGAAAUCCAGGCCUACAGGGAGAACCAGGACCAAAUGGAAGCCCAGGCAGGCCUGGAGAUAUUGGCAGUCCUGGUCAAAAGGGAAGACGGGGUGCUGCAGGUCUACCAGGUGCUCCAGGACCUCCAGGAGCACAAGGAUUAAGAGGACCCACUGGAACUUCAGGGCCAAAGGGGCCAGUGGGUCCUCUUGGUGGUUUAGGACAGAAAGGGGUACCUGGAUUUCCAGGACCUCAGGGAUCACCUGGCACACAAGGGAAUGUUGGAUCGAAAGGAAGUAUCGGACCCAGGGGACAAAAGGGUCAGCCAGGGGAACCUGGAUAUAAAGGUGCAGAUGGGUCAGUGGGGCGCAGGGGCCCCCCGGGAAAUGAUGGCCCAGAUGGAUAUGGAUUACAAGGACCUAAAGGACAUAAGGGGGAUCCUGGUUUUCCAGGAUAUCCUGGACAACAGGGUCAAACUGGGGAUCCUGGGCGCAAAGGAGAUAAUGGUCCUAAAGGCCGAAGAGGAAGAGGGGGAAAUGCAGGCAGGACAGGAGCACCGGGUAAUACUGGUGAUGGUGGACCAGCUGGACACAAGGGCCCUAAGGGACCACCAGGAACCAGAGCAAUGUUUCCUUGUCAACUGAUCAGCUAUAUACAAGACAACUGUGUCUGCUGUAAAGAAAAAGCAGCUUGCCCUGUCUACCCUACUGAACUGGUGAUUGGUUUGGACAUGUCUGAUGAUGUGGAUCCUCCAUUAUUUGAGAGAAUGCGCUCAACUUUGCUUUCUUUGCUGGACAGCAUCGAUAUCGCUGAAAGCAACUGUCCCACAGGGACACGAGUGUCUGUGGUUUCUUACAGUUCUAACACCAAGUACCUCAUCCGUUUUUCUGACCAUCGUCAUAAGAAGGACUUGGUGGAAGCUGUGAAAAACAUCCCUCUGGAACGUACAUCCAACAGACGCAACAUUGGUGCAGCCAUGCGCUUUGUGGGUAGAAAUGUCUUCAAACGUAUUCGUCAGGGUGUUCUGAUCAGGAAGGUGGCAAUUUUCCUCUCUGGUGGACUGUCCGAGGAUGUGACAUCCAUAACCACGGCUGUUCUAGAAUACAAAGCUCUGGAUAUAAACCUUGGCGUUAUUGGUUUUAAGAACACUCCUAACAUUCAGCGUGCUUUUAAGGCGGAUGAAAGAGGAAGCUUUAUUAAUGUGCUCGAGACCUCAGAGACCCGGAAUGUAGCACUUAAGAAGAUCCAGCAAUGUGUCAUCUGCUUUGAUCCUUGCAAUCCAGCUACAAAUUGUCCUGGCACCAGUGAGGUGUCCUCUCCAGAGCAGGUAGAUGUGGACCUGGCGUUGCUGAUGGAUGGUUCCCAGAGCAUCCAGGCAGAUCAGUAUGAGGGAGUGAAGCAGGUGUUGGGUACUGUGUUGGACCAGCUUGUCGUGAGUGAUCAGCCCAACAAAGCUGACAGACAGGCGCGAGUGGCGCUUUACCAGCAGAGCUCAUCAUACAGCGAGGCCCAGGCUCCAGUCAAGCAGAUCUUUACUUUCCAGCAGUUCCAACACCGCAACCUGAUGAAGCAGAGCAUCUUCAAAAAUCUACAGCAGACUGGCGGCUACUCCAGGCUGGGUCACGCCUUGGAAUUUGUAAUCAUGCACGGUCUUCUCACUGUUUCCAAGCCUCGAAAACACAAGAUGGUGCUGCUUAUAGUUGGAGGAGAGACAGAAUAUGCUGAUAAAGCAAAACUGGACUUUAUCUCCAUGAAAGCAAAGUGUCAGGGUGUGGUGCUUUUCACUCUUGCAGUCGGGGAUCAUUUCAAGAGCACUCAAGUGGAGCAGCUUGCCAGCUUUCCCACAGAGCAGCACGUAGUUCACUUGGGCCAUGUAAAGCAAGGAGAGCAGGAGUACUCUCGACGUUUUAUAAGGACUUUCCUCCAUGUUCUAAGACGGGACAUGAAUGCCUACCCUGCUCCAUUGCUCAGAAAACAAUGUGAGAGUCUUCAGCACCAGCAUGGUCAUGAUGUCCUUGAUGUCUCUGAGGCUACGAAGAGGCCACCCAUUGACAGGAGUCCUUUCCCAACAUCAGAUUACUUUGAUGAAGCAGAGAAAAAAUUAGUGGACAAGGAGGAAGAAGAAGAUGUGUAUGAAUAUAUGUAUGAUGCUGAACAGAGAGGGACACUGAUGGAGAUUGUGUAUGAAAAUGGGGACCCGCUGACUCCAGGACAUGGAGAUUCAAAUGAUUUGUGCUUCAUGAAAAAAGAUAUAGGGCCCUGCAGAAAGUAUGUAUUCAAAUGGUUCUAUAAUCAAGAGCAGAACAAAUGCCUUAUCUUCUUGUAUGGAGGAUGCGAUGGGAAUCUUAACAGGUUUGACACAAAGGAGGACUGUGAAGCCCACUGUGUGGAGCUUCCUACUAUACAGUGACUUUUUCAAGUCAACUCUUUUCUCUGGUUAUAUAUGAAAUGAUGGCACAGUAGGAUAUGACAGUACCUAUUUGUGAAAUCCAAAUAACCUACACACAUUAAAGUUUCCAGCUUGUUUGUUACUCUACCACAAGUAAUAGCAUUUGCUUUCUGUUUCCCUCUAAGUACAGAGGUAUUUUCACAGUUGUUGCUGACAGGUUCAAUACUUCUGAUACUGUAACUCUGUAAAUGAAAUGUGACUCACUAGAUUCAAUAUUUCAUUUCACCAUGAAAGACAAUUACUAUGAAGUUGUUUAUUCUUUAAUAAAGAAUGUAAAUUAAUUUUUCAA